AUGGAUAGUCUCAGAUCGGCUGAGCAACCCGUCAGUAGCAAACUGAAAUUAUGGGCCGAAGUUGUGCAAAGGUACUCAGACAAGAACCUGACUAGGUGGACGGAUCGUUUGGCCGCGAUACAGGGUGUAGUUGAGGCCUUGGCUCAAGCCAUGCCAGAUGAUUUCAACACUGAGAAUUACUUGUUCGGACUUUGGAAGCCAAAUCUGGAGAAGUUCAUGCUUUGGGGUCGACAUCCAAGGACUCCGGGAGACUCUGCGAGAGCUGCGACGUUGAGACAAAUUGCACCAUCGUGGUCCUGGGUGUCAAGCGUUGGAGAGGUGUCGUACUAUGACUCUAUUUUCAUGCCCAAAGCUCAGAUCCAUACACGUGUCAUUCGCGUCGAGCGGGAAGAGUCUAAUACCUUGGAGACCAACGUCUUCGGAGCUGGCCACUGUACCUUGACAAUGUUCGGCUUUUGCAUCCCAAUUCAGCAAGAACCACUACAUCGAAAACUCCACCAGGAACAUCCCCUAGAAGAAGACAAUCAGGGAGUACCCUUCCUCUUUCCUGAACGCUACACAGCGGAGUGGAACUAUGGCCCUCCGAUGAUCGACAUGAUUCCGGAUGACCCGACCGAUGAAACCGUGUUUGACCGCGUGACACAUUUUGUGCCCUUGGUCAGCGGUCAGCCAUUUGAUGAAGACGAUCCGGAUCCGAGAUUGCAGCAUCAAGGACUAUUCCUGGAGAUGGUAGCAGGCCCAGAAGAGGAAAAAGAACCCUACGAAAUGGAGCACGAAGGUGUUGAUCAUGAUAUCAAGUUUGAAGGCACCUUCAGACGAGUUGGUUUUGGUGAGUAG